UAUGUCCACAGACGGACAUGCGAAGAAAAAAUUUUGCGAACUGUGACAGAAAAGAAACUACAUAUUUUCAGCUAGUAUAUUUUAACAUAAUUUUUAUCAAUAUAACUUUAAAUAUAAAACAAUUAAUAGUUAAAUUUAGCAGCAACAACAAUGCAGUACUACACGCUGGCGAUUGCCAUCCUGCUGGCGUUGGUGUGUGGGACUCAUUGCUUUUAUGUACCCGGAGUGGCGCCGGUAGAAUUUGUCAAAGGACAGAAAAUAGAUGUUAAGGCCGUAAAAAUGACAAGCAGUCGUACUCAACUACCUUAUCAGUACUAUUCACUGCAAUUUUGUUUGCCCAAAAAUGGCACUUUAAUCUACAAAUCUGAAAACCUCGGUGAGGUCUUGAGGGGCGAUCGUAUUGUUAAUACCCCCUAUGAAGUACAAAUGGCGGUUAAUAUCAAUUGUAAAUUGCUGUGCAACAAAAAGGACAAUACCCCGUUGAAUUGGGAGCAGCCGCAAUCGGCCAUGGUGGCCGAACGUAUAAAACAUGAGUAUUUUGUGCAUUUAUUGGUAGAUAACUUGCCGGUGGCAACGCGCAUUGUCAAUCUUAAUAAUCCCAAUGAAGUGACGUAUGAACAUGGUUAUCGGUUGGGUCAAGUUGAUGGUGAUAAUGUGUAUAUAAACAAUCAUUUGAAAUUCAUUUUAUCAUAUCACAUGCACACAAAAGAUAAAUAUCGUGUAGUGGGCUUUGAAGUAGAAACAGCUUCGGUUAAUUACAAAGAUAUUAAAUUUGAGGGAGACAAUUGCAAUUUCCCCGAUAAUGCCCGCCCUCAACUGGUUAAUGCCAAUUCAAAUACUCAGCUGUACUUUACGUAUUCCGUAGAAUGGAAGGAGUCCAAAGUGAGUUGGGCCUCACGUUGGGACAUCUAUUUGGGCAUGAAAGAUGUACAAAUACAUUGGUUUAGUAUCAUCAAUUCGUUGGUAGUGGUUUUCUUCUUAUCGGGAAUUUUAACUAUGAUUAUGAUACGAACUCUGCGUCGUGACAUUGCUCGUUAUAAUACCGAUGAUAAUAUUGAAGAUACUUUGGAAGAGACUGGUUGGAAAUUGGUACAUGGUGAUGUAUUCCGUCCACCAAAAAAUACCCGCUUCUUUUCAGCUGUUAUUGGCAGUGGCAUACAAAUAUUUUUUAUGGCUUUAAUAACAAUAUUCUUUGCAAUGUUGGGCAUGUUGUCACCUUCAUCUCGUGGUGCUCUCAUGACUUCUGGCAUUUUUAUGUAUGUAUUUAUGGGCAUCAUUGCUGGUUACUUUGCCGCUCGUCUGUAUAAAACCAUGAAAGGACGUGAAUGGAAAAAAUCUGCAUUUUUAACAGCAACUUUGUAUCCCAGCAUUGUUUUUGGAACUGGCUUUUUCUUGAACUUCUUUAUAUGGGACAAAGAAUCAAGUGGUGCUGUGCCUUUUAAGACCAUGAUCUCAUUAAUUUUAUUAUGGUUUGGCAUUUCAGUGCCUUUAGUUUAUUUGGGCUACUAUUUUGGUUAUCGCAAGCAGCCAUAUCAGCAUCCUGUACGCACAAAUAUGAUACCAAGACAAGUACCAACACAGCAUUGGUAUAUGAAUGCAAUUCUAAGUACUCUAAUGGCUGGUAUUUUACCAUUUGGUGCUGUAUUUAUAGAACUAUUUUUUGUUUUCACUGCCAUUUGGCAGAAUCAAUUUUACUACUUAUUUGGUUUUCUAUUUUUGGUAUUUUGUAUACUGGUAGUGAGCUGUGCCCAAAUUUCCAUAGUCAUGACAUACUUUCAAUUGUGUGGCGAGGAUUAUCGUUGGUGGUGGCGUAGUUUUAUAGUUUCAGGAGGUUCCGCUGUUUAUGUGCUGUUUUAUAGUAUAUUUUAUUUCUUUACGAAACUUGAAAUUACCGAAUUUAUACCCACACUAUUGUACUUUGGAUACACAAGUCUUAUGGUUUUAACAUUUUGGCUCUUGACAGGCACAAUUGGUUUCUUUGCCGCCUAUAGUUUUAUACGCAAAAUCUAUAGCGCUGUUAAAAUUGAUUGAUUUCAUUAUUUCAUUCAUCAUACAACCCGCCAACAUCAUCUAACUACUACACACUUCUUCGGUAUUCUAUGUAACCAAAAAUUAACAACAAAAAAAAUCAAUCCAAAUGCAAUUGAAUAUUCAUACAUAUAUAAAAUCGUGUAUUUUAUAUCUCUUCUAAAAUGUACGUUUUAUCCCUUAUUUUCUUUAAUAUUUAAACAAAAGAAAUAUUUUUAUUAUUUUUUUUUAAUGAUAUUUUGAGUUGAGUUCUUAAUUAAAACUCAUUUAAAUUUAUACAUACAACAUAUAUUUUUAGGUAAACCAAUUACUUUAAUUAAUUGUUUAACUAUAGUUAUUUUAUUAUUAUUAUUUAAUAUAAUUUUACUAUUCUAAUAUUUUUUCUUCCUAUUCUU